ACAACAAUUACCACAAUUACCGAAUACAAAACAAGAAAUGUCAAAAGUGUUUUCAAAUCAGCUGUUUUUCUUUGUGGCGUUGUGAAAACAAUUAUUUUAAUUUUGCGUAAUGAACAUUGUUCCGAGAAGUUUGAAGACAAUAACUACGUUUUCCAGACCAAAUGUAGCCUCCAGGCUGAGAUUUCUGUCGACCAGCCUUAGCCAAGGGGUAGGAAGUUAUCAAACUGAGCGAUAUACAAAGGUGGGCGGCCCAUUAAACUGGUCUAACAUCAGUUUCCGACAAUAUUCAGAUGUAUCUCCGAAACAUGCCGGCGACAAGGAGGAACGCCUGAAACAGGAUGAUGAUGACAAUAAUUUCGGCAAAGGCAACCGUACAUUGCCACGAUUAAUGAAUUUUCCGGAAAUUAUGUGGCCAUCAUUGUUGAAUUCCAUUAAGAAUUGGGUAAUGGUCCAUUUCAUUAUUCGGCCAUACAUGGAUCGGGAAUUUAAUAUUAGAGAUUUUGCCUACGGGGCGAAGAAGGCAAUGCAGGUAAUCUCAGCCAAGUUAAUGAAUGGUGAUUUUGCCCAUCUGGGGAAUUUGGUGUCCGAGGAGGCCCUCAACGAACUGAAGCCUGUCAUACAAAAACUCUCCGUUUCACAGCGGCGACAGUUGGAAGUAAAAGAAAGCGAUAUCUACCUCACAUUUCCCUAUCAAAUCGGCAUAAUGUUUGAUGAGGAAAAUAAAGAUGUACAAAAACGUUGGGUGGAAAUUACCAUGGUUUUUCAUGUGCUGCGUGGCCUCAAAGAAAUGCGUGAAUCGGGCGAAGAGAUACCCUGGAAUAUGGGCACCAUGCCCGAAUAUCAGGACAAAGUUUUUGUGUGUAAUUAUCGUUUCAUAAAGGAAUAUACCAAGGGUCAAGAAUCCGAUUGGACUGUGAAUGUGGUUAAUCAUUUCAAGCCAAUAGAUUUGGUCAAUGAACUGAAGAGACACUGAUGUCGUCCCCCAUUAAGAGGGAGGUAAUGUCGCUUAUGUUGAAGUUUAAAAUGUUUCGUUGUAUUUCAUACGGUUUUACCUUUUUCACAUGGAUGUAGGUACUUCCUGCAUGGGAAAAGGAAUGUUAAUAAUUUUUCUUCCGAAUAAAAAACAAAAAUUUUUACAAAGUA